GUAGAAUAAAGGUAAAAUAUAUGAAAAUAUAUGAAAAAUACAGCGUUUUCAAAAAAAGAAGCAUUAAGACAUGUUAAACUGUGCCCCAAAAACACAAUCAAGCCUAGAAAAAAAAAACACUGAACCACCCCUUUAAGGAGGGAUUUGUGCCUUUCACACAUCUUUACAGCAGUUGAUGAUCUGAGAGAGACUGAACUCUGUCACAAAAAUCACAAACUGUCUACAAAUCACAAAAAGGAGAGAAAUGAUCCUGAGACAAUUUAUGUGUUUUGGUGUCUUAAUGAUUCUCACUGGAGGAUCAUCAGUGAAAGUUCAUCCAGGAGGAAACACAACACUCCCCUGUAACAUUAAAGAUGAUGAAGAGAUUACAUGGAUCAUUAUAAAUGGAAACCAAACAUUUGUCAGAAUUCUGAGACUAGAGUAUUUGUAUGGAGGUAAAUCUAAAACAGAGCCCUCUUAUAUUCACCCAAGUUAUGCAGGACGGAUAAAAGCUCUCAGUUCUUCCACAAACACUCACUCUCUGCUUCUGAUGAACAUCACUGACACUGAUCUGAUGCUCUACUGCUGCACUGAAUGCAGACUUGAACAAACUCACUGCACUAAACUGGAUUUUGAAGACUUAGAAAUCUGCAAUGAUGUGGAUCAGCAGGAUCCAGAUAUCAGUCAUGAUCUAGUGAUCAUCAGUAUCAGUCUGUUUCUGCCUGUCGUCUGUGUGUUUCUGCUGCUGUUACUCGUGUCAAGUGUCUGUGUGUGUCGGAGAGCAACAGGACUGCAGAAAGAUUGUGCAAAAACUAAUGAACUGCACCAGGACUGGAUUCACAACAGUGUUCAGGGUAAAAUAAAGUUUGGUCAUUUUAUGAUGAGACAUGAUGAUUGGACACUGGCUGAAGUUAUUUAUACACCACUGAAUAAUAUUUCUUAAAUCAUCCUUUCAAAAUAUGUAAUAUUAUCUUUUGUGCUCUUUUAUUGCAUUGAAUAUGAUAAAACAAGUUGUCAAAGCUGUGUAUGAACUUUACUGCAACUAUAUGAAAUUCUAACUUCUUAUUCUAACUAGUCUUAAACUUAUGCACAUGAAUAAUGAUAUUGCUCAGCAUCACCUGUACUGUUGUCUCUUUAUCUUCUAGUUCUGAUAUUAUUUUGUUGUGAUUAUGUGGCAUCAUAGAACCUCUUUAAGAAUAAACUUUGUAACAACAUGGUUUGAUGGAUACAUAUUAUCAUUUUCUGAGAUUUUUGGCAAGAUUUACCAACAGUUAAAAAAGCAAGAAGCAUUAACACUCUAAUUAGAGCAACACUUUUAAUGAAAUGCAUACAAACAAAACUGAAUUGAAAAAGUCUUUUGGAUGCAUUUGCUUGUGUGUGAUGUCUGAAGGCAACGACUUUAGAGAACAUGUCCUAAAUCAAACAUAUAUUCUGUUCAGUGGCAGUUAACCACAUCCUGUUUUUCACUGCUAUCAGUCCUGAUGGUCAUUUAUAACUAAAUGCUCUUUACCACAGUGAACCACUAAAUGUACUGUGGUAUCUGUGCUAAAGGCCACAGCAGGUCCAGAGAGCUUGUGAUCAUUUCAGAGAACAACAGAUAGAACGAUGGUCACACCACUAAGAUUGAAAGUGGGGUUUAUAUCUGCUUUCAUCUGAAUUAAAUGCAUUACAUGAUGUUUGUUUCUGAAAAACAAACAUGUUAAAAACAUCCAUAGUUAAAUAAUAUCUAUUUUUAAUUUUAUUAGGCCUUUUUUUAGGUGAAAUAUUCAUAAUAAACAGCCAGGCUUUUUUUUAAAUUUCUGAGAAGAGGUGUAAUCAAAGAACUGUA